UUUCCAUAAGCCGUAGUAGUAGUUUACCGCGUCACAAGUUCACGGGACAGCCUUCUUAAGACCAUCCGCUAGUUCCGGCUCGAGAUCUGCGUCCGGCAUUCAGCAACCUACCGGCAGUCGGGUCUGGCCCAUCAGCCACCACACAUCCUUUCGACCCCAUCGGCCCCGCAUAGCGCACGGCUUCGCUGCAGCAGCACAUAACAUCCUUCCAACGGCCUCCCACGAGCACUAGCACUCGAUCGUCACCUGACCACUGCAUUACACGCUGCCGCGCCAUGAGUCGGCGUCCUCUCUAGUCCCACCGGGUCCUUGCUGCUAGACGAUAGACAAACAUCUCUUCAACAACUUACCCGCCACACCCCACAUUAUGGUUGCCCUCGCCCCCUCUCUCCCAUCCCCCUCCGGCACGUCAGUCCGCUCAUCUCGCCAUGUUCCUCUUCUCAGCCUCGCACCCCCUGCCUUGGCCUUAGGCGACGAACUCGCAGUUGGUGAACCCGGUGAAGAAAACAGCGUCGGCGAAAUAUGGAACGUGAUCACCCGCGCGGCCGAUCUUGUGAAAGACGGCGAACGCCUUGAAAAUCUUGCAUGGAGGCAUUGGGGCCAACCCCGCCAUGCGUCGUUUGGUCGCCGGCUAUCCGCCUCAUCCCAUGGAUCUGCCUCAGACGCAUCUAUACAGACACCCAAUGAGCCUUCUUAUUUUACCCGCGUCGAGCGCCGGACAUUCGGUGGCGCUUUACAGUUAUUGGUUGAAAAGGGCGAAGGAAGCUUCAAGGACUGGGUGGAAGACGCUAAAAAGGCUCUGCCACAAACCCGGGUGCCUACCAUCUCGGUACCAGAAACACCAGUUGCCAACGGUGUAGAGAUUCGGCUCGUAGAACCAACACCAGCGCCUAGUAGGGUGGGUAGUUUGGGUGGGAGCAUCAACGCCUCUAUCUUCCCGUCGCGCGAAAUUCCCCCGGUGUUGAAAGAGGAGGUUGAGGCUGAAGAAGAUGAAAACUCGUCAUCAAAAAUAAAUAUAACAGGACGACGGGUGGCAAUAUCUCCCAUGACAGCAAAUAGGGACAACGCAAGUUCUCCAAGGAGAAAUCGCAAGUUUUUCGUGCAAUCAAGUCCCAGCAAGGGGAGCGCAUCCGACUCCCCGCUCCCAUCUCCUGUCACAAACGCAGCUCUCAAUCCCCCAUCCCGUACAAAACAUGGACGGCGGAGCUCGGGUGAUUCUUCAUCUGCAAGCACCAGCCACCGUAGGGAUUCUACACACGUAUCUCAUAAGCGGCAUAUAUCCCUCACAACCAUGCGAGGCAAAUUUCAAGCUGAAAAACGAAAAGCGGCAGAGAAUAUGGCAAAGAAGCAAGAAGAGGAUGUGGAAGAAGAAGAAAGUGGCUGGGAAGACGAGGAUCAGGUGAACGAGGACGACGAAAAUGAGCCAGAAGAUGAUGAGAAUUGGUCUGACGAGGAAGAAGCCGAGGAAAUCGCUGAAGAUGAGCCAGUGGAAGAACCCUUGCCAGCGCCUUCACCUCAGGAUGACCGUGAAAGGAAAAAUAAAGAUCCCAACCGGCGCCGUUCUAGUUCUCGCCCGAGACCAAGUCGUGGGUCAGUCUCACAACCCAACAUCGGUGCCGUUUUAAGCCGAAGAGUAUCUUGGCACGGUGAUCGCUCCCGAGAACAUCUCGCAAUGACACGACCCAUUCCACCUCCGCCUGCACCCACGCCGCUACAGAAGAUGUCCAAGAAGGAGCGACAAGCUGCGGCUGCUGAAAGAGCUCAAAUCGAAGCUAGACUUGAGGCACAGAGGAAACGAGAGAUGUUUGCUAAGCAGCAAAUUUUUGGUACAAGACCUUCUUCCGGAUUGCUAGCGUCUGCUUUACAACGUGGAGCUAGUAUGGUUAAUCUUCCAUCUGCAUCCAAUGAUGCUCGUACUGUUUUGCGGAAUUCCCCCACACAUGGACAACUGACCUCCUUGGCCCAAUCGCCAAGCUUUGCAGGCCCAUCAUUGCUCCGCAGCAAAUCUGCCGCCGCCAUGCCUGUCCAAACUGGAGUUAGUGUUACCAUUCCUGCUGGUCACAUCUCUAAGGUUGCUGGAAAGCAUGAGGCAAGUAGUCAAGAAAGUCAAUCGAAGGCCAGGGCGAGCGCUGAGUUGGAAAGCGAGAACGAAGACAGCGAGGAUGAUGACGCCAACUAUCUUAACACCACCCAAACACGUCAGAAAUUGGCAGCCCUCAAUUCCAGACAAGAAACUAAAACAAAAGUCAAGACUGCAGAAGUUGAGGACCGGCCUGAUGUAGAGCCUGCCCCUGCGGCCUCUCCAAAUGUAGCCCAGGCUUUGCCAGUUGGUCCAAGGCUCAAUGAAUUCGGAGUAGUUGAGCCCAUGACUCCUACUACAAGGAGGAGAAACAUCAUCAUGGCGGAGAUGUCAGAGUCAUUGAGGAGAAACGUCGUCUUGGAGAGGGAGAAAUCGUCCGGCGGCUUAUCGCGGAUACUCUCCGGAGGUGCUAAUCGCCAACGUUCCGCCCCCUCUAUGCAGCCUUCCCAUCACUCUGCUGUAAACUUGACGCAGUAUGCUCAAGACCAAUCUCUUGAACAUCAACCUACUGCUCAAACUUCUCAAUCAUCGCAAGACGUCUCUACUCAUUCCCAAUCCCAUGCCAGCGGUCUUCCUCCACCCGCGCCGGACGUAAGACGCCGUCCAGCACCCAACGUGCUAGGUGGAGGCAAUAUUCUUCGCCCCCUGACGCGUGUUGGUACAGAUGACGAGUUGUCUGGUAUCAAUAGGACACAGUCAACUGGAAUAUUGGAAUCCGGUCAGAGUAGUAGAGGGACGAACGUGCCUCAACCACAAGCGCCAACUAUGAUCCGCUCUGUAACAGAUGGUAACAGUAUGCAAGGAGGGAGGGAGAAGAGAGAAUGGAGGAGGAUCAAUCUCAUGGACACUAGUUAUAGGAUUCACGGAUGGUAAAGAGGUUAAAGAAGAAGCAAGAGAAAAGAGAGGAGGAACGGCGAAGCAAUCGCAGUUUAUUACAUACACACACACAAUCAUUCUCGACAAUAACAAUUUGACGCGCGCUUUCAAAUACCUUCAUGUUACUCUAUCAGCAUUGCAUUUCGAUACCUUGAUCCUUUAUCAUACAGGUACUUCUUACCGGCCGCGUGUCCCGUCAACUACCGACUCUAGUCUAUCUUUCUUUUUAUACGUUUAUUGACUUAUAUGUAGGGCUUAUGUUGUUAUUUUUAUAGUUCAUGGUCAUGCAUGAAUUAAGCUUUAAGCUGCAUAUAAUUUUUUUUGCAGUCAGGCUCUUACACUCAGAUGUACUCUAUGGAUUAUUGG